ACACAGUAACAUCAACUUGAAAUUAUCCUCCUCUUCUCUCCUCUCCUUCUUUCUUCUCCUCUUUUCCCUUCCCACACCCAUUUCACCAAAUAAAAAAACUUCCAUACCCCAAUUUCCUCAACAUCAAAAAAGGACGAAAAAAAAGAUUAAAAUAGAAAAUUCACAUCACGUUCCAUUUCAAUUCAAAUUUCCAAUCUUCCCCAUUCUCAUAUCAAAAAAAUUAGGGUUAGGUUUUUCAUUUUCUUCCCCAAAAAAAGAAACGUCUUCAAACAAAAAGAAACACAACAAGAAUCAAUUCUUUAUGAUUCUUUCUUCAAUCGCAAACAAAACUUUAAUCUUUCUAUUAAUCUUCUUCGUGCUUCAAUUUCAAUCCUCUGCAUCGUUAAACAUGAAGAUUCACCCUGUUCCUCGAAAACGCAACAUCACAAUCCAAUUUGGAACCGACGGUGGAAACCCUUCAUCGGAGGCACAAGCUUUGUUAGGAAUCUCCGGGAAGAAAUUACGGCGUCUUCCACACGUUUUCAGCCGUGUAUUGGAACUUCCGUUUCGAUCGGAUGCUGACGUGGCGGUGGAGGAAGCGCCUGAUUGUUUUCGUUUUGUUGCGGAGACGGAUGGAAUUGGAGAGGUGAGGACUCAUACGGUUGAGAUCCAUCCUGGUGUGGUUAAGAUCGUGGUUAGAGAUGGUGAAUCUUUGGAAUUAUCGCUUGAUCAGUUAGAGCUUGAUAUGUGGAGGUUUCGUUUGCCUGAUUCCACGUUACCGGAGCUUGCUAGCGCGGUGUUUGUUGACGGGGAAUUGAUUGUUACCGUUCCGAAAGGUCAUGAUCUGCAGAAUGUUGAAGGUGGUGAUAAUGGUAGAGGUAUGGGUGGUGGUAGACUUGUUCUUGUACAGUGAUUGUGAUGAAUAUGAUGAAUGGUGAUGAUGGUUAUGAUUAUGAAUGAUGUUUAUGAUGAUGAUGAUGAUGGAAAUUCUUUUGUUAACACCUUUAUAAAAAUGUGACCUUUAGUAUAUGUGGGUUAGAUUUAAGGUUGUUGUUGGAUGUAGCUAAUUUCUUUUGGUAUGUGAAUGUGAUCGUUGCUUCAACAUAAAUGAUCUUUCUUAAAUAAUGGGUCUUUAUAUUUAUGGCAAUGUCAAUUUUCACA